AUGGCUACAACCAGAUACACCGAGCCUAUCCCCGAGGGAAUCCCCGUCCUCGAAACCCGCAAACAACUCAACGACAUGGCAGACCAAUAUCCUAUGGGGACCCUGGACGAUAGAAACGGCGGCUAUUAUCUGCUCGACCAUGAUGGUACCGUCUUAGCCGUUACGUCUGAUUCCCUAUGCGAGGAACUGGACGCCUCUAUGGAAGAAGCGAGAAAAAUUCAUGCCGAUAACCUGGACGACGAGGCCGAUGUUGGUCCUAGGGUGAUUGUCAUGUUUGUUCGUCGAGCUUUCAUUGGUGUUUUUGAUUUUGUAUUUGCGAUGCUGCUGAAGGAGUAG